AUGGAGCUCUGGGCUGCUACCUCAUCCAAGAUUCCCAGGAAAGCUCUGCUUCUCACCCUGUCUGCUCUAUUCUGCUGGGUCUCAGCUGACAUCCGCUGUCAUUCCUGCUACAAGGUCCCUGUGCUGGGCUGUGUGGAUCGGCAGUCCUGCCGCCUGGACCCAGGACACAAAUGCCUGACGACAAAUGUGUACCUUGGGAAGAUGUGGGUUUUCUCCAACCUGCGCUGUGGCACACCAGAAGAGCCCUGUCAGGAGGCCUACAACCAAACCAACCACAAGCUAGGCCUGAACUAUAACACUACCUGCUGCAGCAGUGACAACUGCAACAGCCUGGCCCCCCGGGCCACUCCUACUCUGGCUCUUGUCUUCCUCACUUCCUUGACUGGUCUUGGCCUCUGGAUGCUGCACUGAGGCUCACUCCCUGAGUGAGCCUCUUCCCACCUGCUUAAGCCUGAGCCUCUCAGAACCCCUUGCUUCCCAGAAUGGUCUCU